AUGGACCGUAUUCAUCGAACGCUCCAAUUUGAACAGGACGAGCAGAUCCGCACCGCUGUAUGGUCCGUGCAUCAGCUAGCCCAGACACGACUAACCAGUUUGGCUCGUCGCUAUGAAGCCUCGGUGGAUUCGGUGCGCGCGGCUUGUCGUACACAGCUGGCCAAUACCAUCAGCAUACUCCGCGGUUUGUUAGCAGAACAGAGAAAACGAGAUGAUAGUGAGACCAAACAACAACUGGAGCAGCGAGUUAUUCAACUAAAAGAAGAACUUGAAAAAAAGAUGUUUGACAUUCGACUACUUCGACAACAAGUUGAACAGGUGCAAGCGGAACGGGACGAAGCGUUAAGCCUGGUCUCUUGGGCCCCGCACAAUUAUCCCACAGCUUGGGUACAGACCGAUUCGACGGUUCGAGCCUGUCGAAAUGUGGCUGUACAAGCAGGCAAACCGAUACAGGAGGAGGAUUUGGAAGCGAAGCUGGCCUUAGAACGUCUUGUCAGUGAUCUACGCUCACAUAAUGAGACUCUACGUUCACGAGUGAUCUUCUUUCCUGGCAAUGUGCAAUUCAAUCAUCAGAGGAACGGUGUAGAAAUGGGGUCCUCGUUAGAGCCCUUGUUUGUCGAUGUUUUCAUGUCCAAAUUAUAA